GUGGCCACCUGCUUGCCCAACGCGCUCGAGGACGCUACGAAAAGACGGAAUGGCCACCCCGCCCAAGAGAAGUUGUCCGUCUUCUGCGACCAUCUCCGAAGAGACCCGCAUUAAGAAAAUCUCCAUCGAAGGGAACAUAGCUGCAGGGAAGUCAACGUUUGUGAAUAUCCUCAAACAAGUCUGUGAGGAUUGGGAAGUGGUUCCUGAACCUGUUGCCAGAUGGUGCAAUGUUCAUAGUACUCAAGAUGAAUUUGAGGAGCUGACAACCUCUCAGAAAAGUGGUGGGAAUGUGCUUCAGAUGAUGUAUGAGAAACCUGAGCGAUGGUCUUUUACUUUCCAGUCAUACGCAUGCCUCUGUCGAAUACGAGCUCAGCUUGCUUCUCUCAACGGCAAGCUCAAAGAUGCAGAAAAACCUGUAUUAUUUUUUGAACGAUCUGUGUAUAGUGACAGGUAUAUUUUUGCAUCUAAUUUGUAUGAAUCUGACUGCAUGAAUGAAACAGAGUGGACAAUUUAUCAAGACUGGCAUGACUGGAUGAAUAACCAAUUUGGCCAAAGCCUUGAACUGAAUGGAAUUAUUUAUCUCCGAGCUACUCCAGAGAAAUGCUUGAAUAGAAUAUAUUUACGAGGAAGAAAUGAAGAACAAGGCAUUCCUCUUGAAUAUUUAGAGAAGCUUCACUAUAAGCAUGAAAACUGGCUACUGAAUAGAACAUUGAAAACCAACUUUGAUUAUCUGCAAGAGGUACCUGUAUUGACACUGGAUGUUAAUGAAGACUUUAAAGACAAACAUGAAAGUCUGGUUGAAAAGGUCAAAGAAUUUUUGAGCACUCUGUGAUCUUGCUGAGGACUUCAGACAGCCACAUGGUUCCAGAAACUUCAACUUUGUGUAUCUAUGAAUAUACAAGUCUCUCUGGAAUGCUCAAGUGUUUAACCAUUUUUACUGAAAGAGAAAAAAACUUUUUUAGAUGAAACUUAUGUGAAAAUUUACUGGUAACUUAAAUAUUAUAAAGCAAAUGGUAGUGUGUCCUGUAUAGAUUAGUACAGCUCUUAAAAAAUGAAAAGUGGAAUUUAAGGAAUUCCUAGAAUAAGGAUUCUGAAAUUUUGUUAUGUUUUUUGAUCAAGUGUCUCUCUUUCUACCUUAAUUUAUGUUGAAGGUAAGAUCAGGUUUAGUAUGUAAUCACUUCAUUGAUAUUCAUUAAUGUGUUUAUGACACAUUUAUAGAGGGACGGGUUAGACUUUGUUCCCAGUUUGGUGGUGACAUAAUCUGUCUUAUAAGACCAUCUUUUCUCUGCCUUUGUUUCUUCAUCUGUGGUAUGGGUGAGAUUUCUUUCAUCCUUUUGCGUGGGAUUUUGGCCAAUUAAAGAGGAAAUGUUUCCGUAUUGAAAAGAUAGCCGAAAGUUAUUACAUGAGUAUAAAGUUUCAAUUUACCUUGAACUUAAAAUAUCUACAUGCUUUCUCCCUUCUCAGACCAUUCUUUUCAGAUGCAAUAUGAUUAUUGCAGUUAAAAGAUUUGUUUAAAUUGUGAUUGUCCUUCAGUCAUUUAAGGUGGAUAUGUAGUUUUGCCUAAAUUUCUUCCCGUUUUUAUAGAUAAUGUUAGUGAGACAUAAUGAGAGAUUAGGUUUUCCAUUUUCUCUGUUGUCUUGCACUGGGAAUGAGUAGUUUUUGUUCAUCUUUAUAGUAGAUUUCAUUAGAUUUUCUUCUUAACAGUUUGUUUGGUCCCAGUUCUUAUUUCUUGCUUCAUAUUGCUUUCCGUAUUGUCUGGAUUAAUUAGGCA